AUGCAAGAGGCACUAGGCAUGCCAACAAUAUUCUUUACGCUUAGUGCUGCUGAUACUCAAUGGCCAGAGCUUCAGGACUUGAUGCGUCACUAUCGGCCAAACGCUAACCAAGACAGGGCCAGUGAGAGAAUAAAGGCGGUCAUUGAAAAUCCUCAUUUGACCGAUUGGUUCUUUUUGCACAGAGCAGAAAAAUUUAUGCGAUACUUUUUGCAAAACAGUCUUGGUGCUGUAGAUUUCUGGGCACGCAUUGAGUAUCAGCACAGAAGGAGUUCUCAUUUGCAUGGUGUGGCAUGGCUGGCCGAUGCUCCACAUUCUGAUAAGAUAAGUUCAGAGUGGGCAUGCAUGCACAGAGCAUCCGAGUCGGGCGAAGCCGAAGCCACUAGCGAAAAAAUGAGAAGGGCAGAGGACAUUGCACAGGAGGUGUAUGACUUUGCUGAUGCCCUGGUAACUACGUGGAAUCCCACGUUGAAUGAAACGGGAGAGGGUCACAUGCCUCGAGCAGAAAUGCACCCCUGUCACAAACGACAUAGAGAUGUGACCGACGAAGAGCAGGAUUAUGCUGAACUAAUAGCCAAUGUGCAGAGGCAUACGAAAUGCUCAACGGCUUACUGUCUUCGCCGUGCUAAACGUAAGAGGACCUCUGCCCUAGCAGGAGACAACGAUCAUGGCAGUGAAAACGAGCUACAGUGCCGUUUUAAGUUUCCCAAAGUCUUGUCAAGUAGAACACAUUUUGAACUACAAGACAAGCUGCCAGAGCUUGUUACGCGGCGAAAUGAUUCUCGCAUUAAUGGGCAUAACCGGGCUCAAUUGACAGGCUGGCGGGCUAAUGUUGACAUGCAGGUGUGUGUCAAUGCAGAAAUGGUGUCUAAGUACAUGACCAAAUAUGCCAGCAAGAGUGAAGGCAUGUCUGAACCUCUAAAAAAGACUUUCGAAGUUAUAGUAGAGGACUUGAAAGACGAUGAUCAUCCAAAGAAAGCCGUCCAAAAGCUAAUGACAAGGUCUGCAGUAGAGCAUGACUACUCGGUACAGGAAACGUGCCAUCACCUUACGGGUGAGAAGUUAGUAGUAUGCAGUAGAACGAUUUUACGUGUAAACGUUGAUGGUCAGCAUGAAGUCGAUGUGGCACAAGAUAAGCAGGCUACAAUUUCAAGUGCCAUGGAGCACUUCGUAAACAGGCCAAAAAUACGAUUUCAAAAGGGGCGUCUUGUCAAACGCAACAAAAAGGCUGUCAUUCGUUACGUUCCUGAAGUAAAGGCUGCACUUCCAAAUGAUUUGGAAAAGUAUGAAACUUACUGCUCUAGGCAGCUGGUAAAAUAUAAACCUUUUCGCUGCCCAGAAGAACUGACCGCUGAUUUUGGUGGUAGUACAGUUGCUUCGUGGGAAGAAUGGCAGGGCUAUUGUUCUGACGACCUGACUCGUCGGAUUUGUUUUGCUCAGGACGUUGAAAGGACAACAGAUCGCGACGAAGUAGAAAUCGACGGUGACAAUCUAGCACCCUGCGAUGUUGAUGAAAAUGGUACGUGCAAUAAUAGAUGGCACGCAGUAGAAGACUGGAUGGUAUUGUGUCAGUUAGAUGCUGACUUUUCAGAAUCUCCAGAGAACGAACAGGGUUCUGAUAGUAAUACCGAUUGGACAGCAUCUGCUGUGAAUUUUCCUGAUGCCCAAGAAUCCAUAACAUUUAUUGCUCGUAAUAAAUCUGAACACGGUGUAGUUGAUCAGAACGUUGACCUGUGCGACUAUAAUCCUGAUUUCUUACUAGGCAAUCAGCGAGUUGCAUAUGACAUUGUCAAAUGCCAUUUCGAAAAACUUAAACCAGGGUCUGUCGCCGGAUCCACUUCGAUGUGUCAUAUGUGGAACGGCUGGUACCGGUAA